ACUGCACUGUAGUAGCAAGUUCCUCCAUGGCUUUUGUACUUUUGCCAGUAGCUACUGAUGGAAAAUAGCAAGGUUUCUUUGGUUGGAAUUGGAUCAUCCUGCAAUCUGCAACAGCAUCUGGUUGGUGUUUGUUCAUGUGCUGUUCUCUUUUCCAUAGGAAGCUAUAAGGUAUUUCUUUCCAAAAUUGUCGAUUCAAUCUUCAACAAAAGAUUGAUAUGAUAAAUAAGAUAAUAAAUGAAAAUGAGGUGAAAAUUUUUGGGAGGGACCCUUUCAACUUUAUUGUAUGUAGACACACUAAUAUACUUGCACAUCAUGAUAUUAUUGAUCAAUAUGUCAUAUAUUUCGAUUCAAGCAAAUUAAUUGCAUGAAUAAGAUUGGUUAAUAAGUAUUCAUGAGUUCAGUUAUCAUAUACAUUUAAUUGCUUAUUACGAACUACAAAAAAAUUAUCAUGCAGAGGAGUCGUCACUUAAUUAUCGAAUCAAGCAAUAGUAUUGCCUGUCAUUUGAUUUUAAUUGCCAGAAGAAAGGAUAAAUACAAGUUAAUUUUACUUUCUUUGGUGAUAUUUAUUAACUUGUAAAUAGACUGCCUGCAGGGAUAAAAUUAAUUGUCAAUCAAUUACUCAAUAAUUACUUUAUAAUGUAUAUUAAAUGACUUAUUAUAGAUAGCACUAAAUCUUACAAUUAAUAAAAUGAACCGUAGAAAAUUUAAAAUGGAUCUGACGUCAUGCACAAAAAAAUCCGAUAAUAUCAAUGUCGGACACGAAUUUUAGUUGGAUCCGACCCGAUAACAUCCCUCUCGAGGCUCUCUUAGCUCUUCGGCUCGGGUCCAAACCUUCGCUUCGCAGCCGGCGGAAGGAGACCAGAAGGCAAUUGGCGCCGACGAUGGAUCCCAGGAUGUGGCACAAGGUCGCUGCAAUCUCCGGUGUUGCUGCUAUCGGUCUGGGGACUUACGGCGCUCAUGGUUUCAAGCCCAAGAACCCAUCUUACAAGGAGGUUUGGCGUACCGCCUCCCUCUACCACUUGGUCCAUACGGCCGCCCUAGUGGGAGCUCCCAUCGCCAAACGCCCCAACAUCUUUGGAGGGCUUCUAACUACCGGUAUCGUCGGGUUCUCGGGAACGUGCUACACGGCGGCUUAUCUUGAAGACAGAAAGAUCUCUUUUAUUGCACCAUAUGGUGGAUUUGCAAUUCUUGCUGCUUGGGCUAGCUUACUCUUCUGACACGCAAUGGAUCAUCAACAUUUGAGGUGUCAUAUUGCAUUGGAGCUAUUUGGGAAGUUUGUCCUCGGUUAUGUCAACGGAGCGACUGGAAGUGGCAGCAACAUCACCUGCAAGAAAGAACCAAUGAGUCAUUCCAAAAUGGAGAGGAUUGAAGACAUUUCACAUAUCGAGGGAAGCUUCGAUGGCGGGCCAUCAUCAUUUCCUUACCGCCCUCGUGAUACUCGUCUCUCUACCAUACCGGACUUCCACCACCUCCGGUGGCUUCAGCACGGGACUCUUCAGCCGAGACUAUAGUCACAUACAGUGUUUCCUUUGUGAGUAGCGGCAGUGCACAUCCAGAAGAUUAGAGAAACCAAUGUCACGACGCAAGCUUUCCUGAUUCAAUAGCAGAAUCCGUAAGAGUAAGACAACUAAAUCUGAUGAAAUGAUUCCACUGGAAGGAAGGCAACUAAAACUAAUGGUUGCCUUCCUUUCCUGAUUCAAGUGGAAGGAAGGCAACUAAAUCAUGAAAUGAAUCGAAUCUGCACCCCUCACAGUUUGCAUUGAUGAAA